ACGUAAUGCGAUCUACUCCAGAAUAGCGCGCGGCGAAGGAGCAGCCAUACGGAACCGUGUAGCCUCUCUGUGGAGCAUCUCGUCAAUGUGUGUUUGUUUAUGUAGGAUUUGUUCGGCCCGGAAUAAACCUGGCACGGUGGGAUUUGCGGCAGGAUGUCGGCGCUAAAGGAGAACCAGUGUUACGGACUGUGCAGCGGUAACCUGAGCGGCGGUGGUAACAUCUCUGUUCUUCAUGUUAAACUCACUGACAGCGCGGCAAGAGCCAUUGGCUCCUUUCAAAACGGCAAGGGUUGGCCUUCCCAUCCCACCAUCUGUUUUAAUGGGAACCAAGGGAGAAUCACUGUCCCAUGCUCAGAGAAAAGAGAUGAAUUGAGGGUAUUCACCUUUGGCGUGACAAACGUCGCCCGUGACAAUCCGCAUGGAAGCUUUGACUGCGUCCAACAGCUCAGCACUCGUGCUGCAGAGGAGCUGUCAUGUCUCGGGGUGAUUCAGAAGAAGAUGACAGUCAACGCUACGGAUGACUCGUACGAUAAGGCUCGUCAGAGCAUGGCCCAAGCUGAGGAGGAGACACGCAGCCGAGGGGCCAUUGUCAUCAAACAUGGGGGGCGCUACCAGGGCAAGAAGGUAACAGUGCGAGCUCCGGCCCCCGCGCUGGCCAGCCUGACCAAGCCCCGACAAUCGUCCUACUCUCUCCUCGGCAACGUCAAGCGGGCAGUUGGCGUGUCCAAGGAGAAGAAGGGAGCCUGCGCUCCAAACAGGAAGGGCGUGAGUGACGUGCAGGAGAGGCCGCUCAGGGAGAGAGUGACACACCUGCUGGCUCUGAGGCCAUACAAGAGGCCAGAGCUGAUCUUGAGGCUGCAGAAAGAUGGGCUGAAAGCAGGAGACAAAGACAUGCUGGACUCUGUACUGAUGGAGGUUGGCCAGCUCAAUAGUAGAGACAACACAUUUGUUCUAAAGGACGGUCUGUAUAAGGAGUUGCAGAAAGACUGGCCAGGCUACACCUCAGGAGACCAGCAGCUUCUUAAGCGAAUCCUUGUCAGGAGACUGUUCCAGCCACAACAGAACCUCCUCACCAUCCCCGAGGCCCAGGUCAGUCCACUGCGAGAGACCCCCAACUCCUCCCCAGCACACCGUCCAAAACCUUCCCUGCCAGAGGAAUAUACUGACCCUCUGGCGAGUAAGAAGCCCAGGAUAUCCCACUUGUCGAGUAAAACAGCCAGUGACAAGUCAAGACUGAGGCCGUCCGAACAUGCGGCUCAUAGAGACACCACAGAAGCGACUGAUGGGCAAAGGGACUCGGUCGAUCCUCGAAGGCUUUUUGACUCCCUGUCAGCAGUCUGUCAGCGGGAAGCAGAAGCGGCCAAGAGGAUGGAACCAAGUCCCUGUGCUCAAGAGGAGCCAGAAGGCCCAGCAGACCACCAUCAAUCUAUCUCGGAUCGCCCUCCCUACCCGCUGACAGCGUCUGACCUGAGCAGACACACAAUUAAAAGGAAAAAGAACAAACACAGAGAUCAGGAGAAGGAUGGGUGGAGAGACAGGAAAGAAAGGAGAAAAGAUUGCAGUUCAGAAGAUCCAAACAAUAAAGUCUCCCUGGACUGCACAGAGCCAAGUGAAAUUUUGUUUGACUCUAAUGUGCUUCAAACGGACAAUGACACAGAAGACUAUCUAUCGACGUAUACAGGGAUCCACAGUCAUGACCAGAGACAGAGCUACAAGCUGGACUUUAACAGGGAGUACAGCGAGUACAGAGAUUUACAUGCUCGUAUUGACAGCGUGACCAGGCAGUUCAUGGAGCUGGACACACAGCUGAAACGGUUACACCAUGAAUCACAUAAAUACAAGACGGUUCAUAAUAAAAUUCUUCAAGAGUAUCGCAAAAUUAAAAAGGUAACAACAAUAUACAGUGGGUGUGUGGCAGAGAACCUCGGUGACGUGGCCUUUGUCAAACACACAACAGUGUUUGACAAUUUGGAUGGUAAGAACCAGGAGUCCUGGGCCCUGGAUCUGGAGCUGGAGGACCUGAAGCUGCUCUGCCCAGAUGGGACAGAGGCAGGUCUGGACGAGCAUGAACGAUGCCACCUGGCAGCCGUCCCGGCUAACGCUGUUGUGGUGCGCACGGAGAACAAGUGUCGCGUCUGGAAGUACCUGGAACGUUUACAGAAUGUGUUUGGCAACGCCACCGAGGGCUUCAGCCUGUUCAGCUCAGCAGGCUAUGGCGAAUCCGAUCUGCUCUUCAGUGAUGCCACCCACCACCUGCAAAGGGUUCUGGGUAGCUACACCUCUUGGCUGGGCCCUACUUACACCACCAAGCUGCAAGCCUUCGAGUGUGAGGGCUUCUGCUGAUGGAACAGUAGGAAGAUAUCCA